AUGGAGAAAUUCCUUCAUCUUCUUUGUCUUCCAUUUAUUUUGUCUUCCCUUGAGUCGACUCAAGCUCAGUUGCUGGCUGCUGCUAAAGGAGUGCAGGCCUUGUAUGUAUUUGGGGACUCCAUUGUUGACAGUGGCAACAGUUUAAAUACCUUAGUGAAUGCAACCUAUUUGCCCUACGGAUGUGAUUUCCCUUCCCCUGCCUCAGGCAGAUUCACAAAUGGCAAAACAAUAGCCGAUAUUCUGAGUUUGUGUCUCAAUGUAUCAGUACUCUCAAUUCCAUUAUGGGCUUCUGAAAAAGACAAGAGAGGUACAACCAUAGCCGGUUUCAACUAUGCUUCUGCUACCGCCGGUCUUCUUCCUGAGACUGGACGCACAUUUGGGGCAAACGUCGUGGGCAUGAAAGAACAGAUUGAUUUGUUUAAUGAGACGGUUGAAAACUACUUGCCACGGCAAAUCAAUAAUGCAGAGGUGCUCUCCAAAUACUUGUCGAAAUCUAUUUUUGUAAUUUCCAUCGGCAGCAAUGACUAUUUGUACAAUUAUCUUCAGCCACAAUAUUACACUACUAGUAGACAGUAUGACAUGGACGAAUUUGGCGACCUUCUCAUGUUGGAAUUGGAAAAACACUUGAAGGCUUUAUACAGUUUAGGUGCUAGGAAGAUGGUGUUUUUUGAACUUGGCCCCAUUGGUUGUUAUCCAUUAGUUGUGAAGAGGGGAGAACAAAAUGGAAAAUGUCUACAACAAUUAAAUACCAUGCUGGCCGUCUUCAAUGCCAAGCUAUAUUAUAUGCUCACCGAUAUUGCAUCUUCCCUUGAGGGGACAACAUUCAUUGUCGCACAAACUUUCAAGCUUAUUUACGACAUGGUGGAAAAUCCUUCUAAAUAUGGGCUAAAUGAUACAACAAAUUCAUGUUGUGCUGUUGAACAGAAGGGAGGGAGACUAUUGUGUGUUCCAGAGACAAAUCCAUGUGACGAGAGGAAGUCGACUCUGUUUUGGGAUAAAUUUCAUCUGACAGAGGCCGCAUACAACAUUGUUGCGUACAAAUGUUUGAAUGAGUCGAGUGUUUGCACGUCAUUGGAGACCUUUGAACCUGAGAAAGCUGUAUCAGGACAACCUGGCCGGUUGUCAAAACCAAUCUUUAGUGUUUUUAAUACACUGGUGUUGGCAAUUAUGAUCUCAGUUUCUUAUUUUGUAGCAAAUUUUUGUUCAUAG